UUGGGAAAGCAGGAUACCAUCAAGCUCUUCGAAUACCAUCGUGGUCAAUGGGAUAAAUUGCAGAUAUCUGGUGGUGUAUUGGGCGUUUUGAUAUGGGACGAUUUCCCGUGGCCUGUGUUCAAACGGCUAAGCGGCCCCGAUGACGUGACGGCACCUUGCAUCACGGCCUACAUGUUAUCGUCUCUGCAUCCUACCGACAAGUCUCCGAAGGACCGUAUCAAGGAGAACAUCAGACGAUGGCAUCCUGAUCGGUUCGAGACGCAGCUAUUGCCGAAAGUCAAGGAGAGCGAUAGAGACAUUGUGCGAGAAGCUGCCGGUACAGUAGUCAGGGUGCUCAACGAUCUUUUG